CGCGCGGCGCGGGCACCGGAAACUACGGGCAGGCCGUCCCGCUGCGUGGCGGCGUCGUGCUGGACAUGUCGGGGCUCGACAAGAUCGAGAGCAUCGACGCCGAGGCGGGCACGAUUCGGUGCGGCGCGGGCGUCAAGCUUUGCGACCUCGAGGACCACGCGCGCCAGCACGGCUGGGAGCUGCGGCAGCACCCGAGCACGCGUCGCACCGCCUCGGUUGGCGGCUUCGUGGCGGGCGGAUCGACGGGCCACGGGGCACUGCUGCACGGCGGCUUGUCCGAGGACGGCGCGGUGCUUGGCCUGCGCGUCGUCACGGCGGAGGACCAGACGCCGCGCGUGCUGGAGCUGAGCGGACGCGACGUCUUCCCCGUCGUCCACGCCUACGGCACCAACGGCGUGAUCACGUCGGUGGAGCUGCCGCUCGCGCGCGCGCAGGCGUGGAGCGACGUCACGGCCGCCUUCCCGUCCCUCGACGCCGCCGCGGCAUUCGCGCUCGAUGUGGCCAACGCGCCCGCGGUCGUGAAGCGCGGGAUCAGCGUCUUCCAGGCCCCGAUCGCGCACAAGUACUUGGAGGCCGACGCGCUGAUGCACGCGACGGGUGCGGACGCGCCGCAGUGGGACAGCGCUCACGGACGCGACGGUGCGAUGGCGGCCGGCGGCGACGCGCGCCACGUGGCUAUGGUGGGCCCAGUCGAGCGGCUCUGCGCGGAGCACGGAGGGCUGACGACGCGCGUGGUCAAAGCGACGGAGGCACCGCGGCCGAUGUACGAGUUUGGCUGGAACCACACGACGCUGCACGCGCUGCGGGCCGACAAGUCGGUCACCUACCUGCAGUGCGUGCUCGAGCCGUCGUCGGCGCUCGGGCUGCUCCGCCGCGUGUCGGGAGAGUUCGGCCCGUCCGAGCUGCUGCAGCACCUCGAGGUGGUCAACUUCGGAGGCCGCGCGGGCUUCGCCUCGCUCGCGCUGCUCUGGCCAAAGGGCGAGACUGGGGAGGCCGCCAACCAGCGGCUGCGCGAGAUUCUCUCGUGGCACGAGGCCAACGGCAUCCCCGUCUUCGACCCGCACACGCACGUGCUCGAGGACGGCGGGAUGAAGGUGACGGACUGGGCGCAACUCGGCUUCAAGCGGCGCGUCGACCCGCACGGGCUACUCAACCCCGGUAAAAUGCGAGCCUGGGAAGAGCAGAGCGCCACCGCCGACACCUCCGACCCCCGAGGCGCCUUCGCUGCCUCGUACCGCAUCGCUGACACUUCGGCCGUGGGAGGUGGUCCGAACGUCGCCACCUCCGCCACCGCCGCCGACGCGUCCUCCACCGCCGCCGAUUCUUUCGGCACGCACGCCAGCAGCCCCGGCUCGGGGCGCCGUCGGCCCCGCUCGCGCCUGUGGGGGGAGUGGAGCACAGCGGACUUUGCGGAGGCUGACCUCUCGCAGGCGGUGGCGGUGCUCCCACUUGGUGCCGUCGAGGCUCACGGCCCGCACCUGCCCCUCGGCGUUGACGCGAUGCACAACGCCGACCUGCUCCACCGCGCGCUGGCGGCCCUCCCCGAGGAGGCUCUCGUGCUGGCGAUGCCACCUCUCGACGUGGGCGUCAGCUGCGAGCACGCAGGCUUCGCCGGCACACUCGAGCUCUCGGCGGAGACGGCGGCGGCGGCGUGGUGUGAGCUGGGCGCGUGCGUCGCACGGGUGGGCAUCCGCAAGCUCGUGCUGUACAACUCGCAUGGCGGCAACCACGCGCUUGCGGAGGUUGUCGCAAGGCGGCUGCGGAAGCGGCACGGCAUGCUGACCGUCCUCGCCAUGAACCUCGGUGCGAGCAUGGCGCCCGGCUCUGCCUGCGCAAAUCUCUUCCCCGAGGACGAGAUGCGGUACGGGCUGCACGGUGGCGCUCUGGAGACGUCUCUCAUGCUGCACCUGCGUCCGCAGCUCGUCAGCACUUCCGCAGCAAAGGACUUUGCGUCGAGGGCGGCCGAGCAGCCAAAGGACGCCGCGCUCCAGCUCCACGCGCCCGGGUUCGCGACAAAGACUGGAUGGCUCUCGCAAGACCUGAACGCGCACGGGGUGGUGGGCGCCGCCGCGACUCUCUCCUCCGCCGAGAAGGGCGCCACCCUCGCGCGCGAGUGCGUGGAGAGCCUCCGAAAGCUGCUGGUGGAGGUGCACGCGGCCGACGUGGACGAGCUGCUCAGCGACAGGCCGCUCUUCCCGCCGCAGGGCGACGCGGGUGGUGAGCUCCGCUAGCGCUGGCGAGCUCCGCUAGCGCUGGCGAGCUCCGCUAGAAGCGUUGCGAGCUGUGACCUGUGGUGAAGUGUGUAGACCUCUGUAGAGGACCUGAGACUGGGUCAAUUGUACCUCGGAUGCAAAUUGUACUUCUGGUGCAUGUGCGUACAAUCUACAAAUGUACUCACCUU